AUGAAGUCUCAGGACCAGCAUGCUAUUCUGUACCUGGAGGUUUGUCAUGAGUCUGGAGAGCAUCGUGUCCCGUUGCACACGUCUGUAGUCCUCUUCCUCUUAUCUUACUGCGAGUGCAAAUCCUUUAAGGUUUUCCUGGUGUCACCUGCCAAGUCAAGUGCAUCACCGACCAUAGAUCACUUACCCAAGUCUUUGGAGGUGUCCCAGGUUGGUAGGGAGAGCCUACCCCCACUGGUGAGGGGCUGUCGGCUGCCCUGUGUCCUGGAUGAGAGUGGAAGGCUGUGCAGAGCUGGGCUGGCUGUAGUGCUUCGACACAUCAUCAACAGGACGCUGGAGGACAACCCCACGAGAAAUGAUGUGCUUGCUUUACUGGGCUUCAAAAAGACUUGUCUGAAAGCCUGUGCUGAGGUUAGUAAGUGGACACGUCUUUGUGAACUGGGCAUCCCAUCUUCUGUUGAAGAACAUUUACAAAGUCCCUCCAAAGUGGAAUCUCUGCUCCCUCUCGCCAUCCUCUGCCUUGAACAACAUUUAUCUGAACCUGUAAAAGUUCACAAUGAUGACAAAAUCAGAAGACAGAAACUCAAGCAACAAAAACAAAAUGGAGUAACAACAAUACCUAUUGUUGAAAUGGACACUAACCUUGCACAAUCUAAUGACAGACUAGAGCUUGAUGCUGCCCUUGCAAAGUUGUCAGUGGAUGCAGAUCCUGGUCUCGCCACAAGGGAGUGCUCUGACAUCAGGAGGGUGAAAACGACGGAGCUGCCGCCUCUGGAGCAUGUCUUUGCUGAAGGGUUGUACUUCACUUUGACUGAUGUGGUCCUUCUACCCUGCAUCCAUCAAUAUUUGUGUUCUCUUAAAACUCAUGCUGAGCACAUUUUGGACCGCCUGCCUCGCCUGCUGCUCUGGUACCGGCGUGUGCAGGAGGUUCCUGGGGUGCAGCUCGCAGCUACAGCCUGUGGGAUAACCUUUUCCACGUCUUGGACCGGCCCUUCGUGCCCAUCAGAGGCCUCUGCGCAGCACAGCCUGUCCAGCCCGCUGGAGUGUGAGGAGACCAACCAACAGCUGCAGUUUAUCGGGGGCCCGAGGCCCACUUUGGCCAAACUUAAAGAAAAUGGUAUCGAGGCCAUGUUCUUUCCACAUCCGUGCCCCUCUUGGACUGUCCCGUGGGAACACUUGCCAGAGGCGAUCAACCCCACAGAAGGUAAAAUGUCAGAUGUUCGCGCAGAGAGGAAGAAACAACAGCUGAAUAACUUGGUUGCCAUGGUUACAGAACUUUCUCAAUCUGCCAGCACCAUUGUGGACUUUUGCAGUGGAACGGGCCACGUGGGGAUCGUCUUGGCUCACGCUCUUCCAGAAUGCAAGAUCCUUCUGAUUGAGAACAAAGAAGAGUCUCUGGUCCGGGCCCAGAGCCGCGCUACUGAACUGGGGCUACAGAACAUUGGCUUUAUUCAGGCCAAUCUGGACUACUUCACUGGACCUUUUGACAUCGGGGUAGGCCUCCAUGCCUGCGGGGUGGCAACGGACAUGGUGAUGGAGCACUGUAUCCAGGCCGGAGCCGCCUUCGUCAUCAGCCCCUGUUGCUAUGGCUUCAUCCAGAAUGCAAACAAGUUCAGCUUCCCUAGGAGCCAAAGAUUUCAAGAGACCCUGACUUAUAAGGCGGCAAAUUGA